AUGGACGUCAAGACCGCCAACGACCUUUACGGCUGUGCAGCGCACUGUCCAUCGUCCACCCACUGUAACAACAUGGGCUUCAUGGGUGCCGACUGCAGCUGCAUGUGCCCCUGGGGUCUGACCGGUGACGCCUGUGACGAAGUCAUCUCCUCCACGGCAGGGCCCCCUGGGUCCAGCAUCAAGUUGUGGUUCAACAAGUUUGAGAUGGAGGAUGACGACGAUGCCCCCUGCGGCUACGACUGGGUAGAGGUCCGUACCCUCGGGCCUCAUCUCGUGGGACCCAAAAUGUGUGGAAGCGGCCCAUCUUCACACAUCGAGCAUCACGGCAAUGCCCUCUACGUCCGCUUCCAGUCCGACGACUCCUACAACGACUUUUCUGGCUUUGAAGCGGGUUACUCCAUCGAAGGAGGUGAUUAUUACAGCGCCGACGUGUACUACGACAAUUACAAUGAUUACGACAGCUACAAAACAUACAACAGUUACAACGAUUACGAUAACGAAAACGACGACAAUACGUGGUACUAG